UGUUUGGCAACAACCAACAUGGCGAGUGCGACGCACGCGUUUGAUCAAACCUUCACGUUUAAUGUGCUUCCCAACAGAAAGUUCACAUUCCUGGAAGAUUCGUGUGUAUCGGAUCUGUUGAUGAAAUGGUCCAUGUUGGGGAGAAUUUCCGCCCAGGCCUUUAACUUUGACCAGGUCUUUCAGUCUUACAUGAAGAAUGACUUUGCUCUGAACUUCUUUCAGGACCCUUGUGUGAAAAACAACUUGCGUGUGUUGGACACUUCAGGCGUGUGGAAACCUCUGGGCAGAGAUGUUACACAUGUGGACGUGGAACUUGUUCCAUGCACUAAAGUGUCUGUGGACAUAUUUGAUCCACUUUUCUCCAGUGGAAUCGUGCAUCCUCCCGGUCACAUUGCCAAAUGUUUCCACGACGUACAUCCUGACUUUGAUGAGUUGCGGAUGGUAAGCAUGCAGAUGCUGCUUGAAGAGGACUCUGAUAACUAUCAUGUGGUCAGUCCAUGUGACCGUCAGGAGUUCCUGUUUAGGCUGUUUAAGCACAUCGUACUGGGUGGUGAACUCUCCCAGUAUGAAGACGUCAUCACUCCCUACAUUGAAACUGCAAAAACAAUUUAUAAAGAUUUGGUGAGUGUUCAGAAAGAUUCGGACACUAAGAUGAUCAGCGUCGUAUCAACGAUUUUGAAAGUCUCUGCUUAUGAUGAUCAUGGCUUGUGUUAUCCCUCUGGAAGAGACAACGAGCAGACAUUCACCUAUCUGUGCAUUGAUCCUUUCAAAAGACAUGUGUAUGUCUUGUACCACAGUUUUGGCAUUGGCCUGUUUUCUAAUAAUGAUGUUCUGUGCUCUUGAACAAUUUAUGAGUUUUUUUCCCUUUCUUUUGCUCUAUAGUUUUUGUCAAUAAUUGUAAUUUAUUUUUUAUUUGUUACAGCUGUCUAAAUGAAUCUUUGUCUGUCAGUAAAACAAAAGUGCCACUGAACCAGAAAGGGUCCUUGAUAAUGUAAAAUGUGUAAAGUCACCAACAGCCACAGCAGACUGACACAUUUCCACUUACCAGCAGUAGUGGGUGUAGUGCCGGUAUAAAUGUAUCAGGUACAGCAGCUUUGGGGUUCAUUACUUCAUUACACACUCCUACCUUGUUUCGACACUGUGUAAGCACAGUUAGAGAUCUUUUUCUACACACAAUGUGUGUGUGUGUGUGUGUGUGUGUGUGUUAAUCAUCAUAGUCAUCAUCAGCAUAAGUUACUGACCACAGGUCCACUGGAGUUAAUAAUAAAUAAAAUUUCAACUAAAAUAAUAAAAUCCACAAGAAAAUAUCAACGAUCAAAAUGUAAAAAAUAUGUUUGCCAAUGCAAGUAAUGAGAAUCAAAUCAAAAUGUAUUUUUCAAAAGCAUUACUUCUGAGUCACACUCUCAUUUUGUAUGAUACUUAUAUGACAAAGAAAUAUAUGUGGAUGCAUCUCCAUACAA